AAUGACUUGCGCUCCGCCACCCAUCUCGCCUCCUGCUUUUACUCUUUCCUUUCCCCUCUCUCUCCCUCCCUCUCUCUCUCUCUCUCUCCAAUCGGCCCAGGGGAAAAAAAGAAGAGGCUCUCCUCGAUUUCCAAACCCUAGCUUUCCUUUCCACCUCUGGCGCUUCACCGAAUUAACAAACUGUUUUCAGAUCUCACGAUCCCCUCCGACUCCGUUUCGCGGCCAUCUUUUGGAUCUGCACGGGAGCUUCUAGGGAGGUGCUCUGCUCUCAACCUGUAAUGUCCGAUUCGGCGCCAGAUCUCAGGAUGGAGUUUCAUUCGCCGGCGGUCCGCCCGAGACAUGUGCAGGUGCUUCCUUCUGAUUAGUAAGCAAUUAAUUUGAGUGAUCGUUUCAUUGUGUGUGAAGAAAAAUACCACUACGUGUUGGAUAACGUAGCCAAAAUUCUAUUGUGGCAUAAGUGGACAUGACCGUUGUGUGUGAAGAGCAGGGUUUUCUCUGAGCAAGUGUUGUAUACUUGGUAUAAGCAUUUGGCUAUCCAACUUGUGUCUUCAAAUUCAAACGUUGGAUGGGUGUACAUGACAUCAUCCCAACUCUUGUUUUCGCCUUCUCAUGGUGCAGAUUGUGCAAGACAAGUGCCCCCACCAUCUCCAACCUUCAGUUCUUGUUUCUUCCUUUGCACAUCUAAAUCUUUGGCAACUCCAAUUUUGAGGAUCACAAGAAACAUUCUUUGAAUCCAGUUGAUGAAAUAGAAGCCAUAUCAUUUGAAGACAGUAGUUUUUAUCAAAAAUAAAUAAAUGAUGAUAAUUUCAACCUGAACAAGGACCUGCUUGUGUGGCCAGAAUCUCAGUUUGUUCAGCAGGCAGUGCUGGAAUGCCCUCAUCAAGCCGGAAAACAAUUGGUUUCUGGGGGUCUGAUGGAGCUUCAAACCUUUACGCCAUCCCUAGAAAUUUCAUCUUGUACCAAACAAGAGAACACAGAAAAAUCUCACCACAUCACCCAAAAAGGCAUAUGUCUAGAUCAACCAUUUCCGGAUGAAGAUAACUCCAGGUUGGUAUAUAUCAAUGACCCAAGGAGGACAAACCACAAAUAUGAGUUCUCGGGAAAUGAGAUACGGACUAGCAAAUAUACUGUAGUUACUUUCCUGCCAAAGAAUUUGUUCAUCCAGUUCCACAGACUAGCUUAUAUUUAUUUCCUUGUUAUUGCUGGGCUAAAUCAACUUCCUCCACUAGCUGUCUUUGGGAGAACCGUCUCUCUUUUCCCUUUGCUGUUUGUGCUGUUUGUGACUGCUAUAAAAGAUGGUUAUGAAGAUUGGCGGAGACAUAGAUCUGACAGGAAAGAAAACAAUCGAGAAGCUUUAGUUCUUCAAUGUGGUAAUUUUGUCCCCAAAAAAUGGAAGAAGAUAUGUGUUGGAGAGGUGGUAAAAAUAAAUGCUGAUGAGUCCAUACCUUGUGACAUGGUUUUGUUGGGAACUAGUGAUCCCAAUGGAAUAGCUUAUAUCCAGACUAUGAAUUUAGAUGGUGAAUCAAAUCUAAAGACGAGAUAUGCUCGGCAAGAAACUAUUUCUAUGGUCGUGGAAGAUACUUUUACAGGCCUAAUCCGAUGUGAGCAUCCUAAUCGUAAUAUUUAUGAAUUUACAGCAAAUAUGGAGUUCAGUGGGAAGAUAAUACCCCUUGGUCAGUCCAACAUUGUUUUGCGUGGUUGCCAGCUAAAAAAUAUAGAGUGGAUCAUUGGAGUUGUGGUAUAUGCUGGCCAGGAAACAAAAGCAAUGAUGAAUAGCACAGCAUCACCAUCAAAGAGGAGCAGACUGGAAAGCUACAUGAACAGGGAGACACUUUGGCUUUCAGUUUUUCUUUUUGUCAUGUGUGCAGUUGUAGCAACUGGCAUGGGACUUUGGCUUGUACGACACCUUCACCAGCUUGAUACCUUACCAUAUUACAGGAGAAAGUAUUUCACAAAUGGUCCUGAUAAUGGCAAAGAAUAUAAAUAUUAUGGUAUUGCUAUGGAGGUUUUCUUCUCAUUUUUGAGCUCUGUUAUUGUGUUCCAAAUCAUGAUACCGAUAUCCUUGUACAUCACGAUGGAACUAGUUCGGUUGGGGCAGUCAUAUUUCAUGAUCGAGGAUAGGCACAUGUAUGAUAUUGCUUCAAAUACAAGGUUCCAGUGCAGAUCCUUAAAUAUAAAUGAAGAUCUGGGACAAAUACGAUACAUAUUCUCAGACAAGACUGGUACUUUGACUCAGAAUAAAAUGGAAUUUAGAAGAGCAAGUGUGUAUGGAAAGGAUUAUGGAAACUCACACCAAAACAAUGUUACAACAUUUGAAACAAUUUCUGAAGGAGAGUUAGAAGAACCAACUAAGCAAUCAGAAAUCAAUGUGGACUCUGAACUACUUGCACUACUUCAGAGAGGCAUAGAAGGAGAGGAAAGGAUUGCUGCUCAUGAUUUUUUUCUUACCUUAUCAGCCUGUAACACAGUUAUCCCUAUGGGAAAGAAAUAUUCAUCUCCUAAUUCUGACAACAAGGCGGUAGAGGCAGGAGCAAUUGAUUAUCAGGGUGAAUCACCUGAUGAGCAAGCUUUGGUUAUUGCUGCUUCUGCUUAUGGAUACGCUCUUCUCGAGCGAACCACUGGCCAUGUGGUUGUUAAUAUCAAUGGGAAGAAGACCAGGUUGGAUGUUCUCGGUCUGCAUGAAUUUGAUAGUGUCCGGAAAAGAAUGUCUGUUGUAAUUAGAUUUCCCAACAGCAGUGUGAAAGUUCUUGUGAAGGGCGCUGACAGUUCAAUGCUUGGUAUUUUAGACGUAGAAGAUAGUAGGAAUACCAAAGUUAAACAACCAACAGAAAAUCAUUUAGUUGAUUAUUCAUCACAUGGUUUGAGAACUCUGGUCAUUGCUGCUAGGGAUUUAAAUGAUGCUGAAUUUUCCGAAUGGCAAGCAAGAUAUGAAGAGGCUAGCACUUCACUAACAGAGAGAUCAACAAAGCUACGCCAAGCAGCUUCUCUAAUUGAGAAAAAGCUAAUUCUUCUUGGGGCUACUGCUAUUGAGGACAAACUGCAAGAUGGUGUACCUGAAACCAUAGAAUCUCUUCGGCAAGCUGGAAUAAAAGUCUGGGUUCUUACUGGGGAUAAACAGGAAACUGCAAUCUCAAUAGGCCUCUCAUGCAAACUUUUGACUCUUGAUAUGCAUCAAAUUAUCAUAAAUGGUUCAUCAGAAGAUGAAUGCAGAUUCCUCUUAGCCAAUGCAAAAGCUAAGUAUGGAAUAAAAUCAGAGCAAAGUAGAGAUGGAACACUGAAGUCAAAGAAGAAAUAUGAUUAUGAUAUUGUUGAUUGCAAUGAUGAGAAAAGAACUCAUGGUAUUUUAAUAACUGAAACCGGAAAACAGGACCCCAGAUAUUCUGGAUUUACAGAUAAUGAGUUGAGACUUUCAUGCGAAAAGUAUGCAGUUUCUGAUGAUAUUCCAUUGGCACUGAUUAUAGAUGGAAAUAGUCUAGUUUACAUAUUGGAGAAAGAUCUUGAGACACAGCUUUUUGAUUUGGCAACUUCCUGUAGAGUCGUUCUUUGCUGUCGAGUUGCCCCUCUGCAGAAAGCUGGAAUAGUAGAUCUGAUUAAAAGCAGGACUAGUGACAUGACUCUUGCUAUUGGUGAUGGGGCAAAUGAUGUUUCAAUGAUCCAAAUGGCUGAUGUUGGUAUUGGGAUCUGUGGCCAGGAAGGCCGUCAGGCAGUCAUGGCUUCAGAUUUUGCUAUGGGGCAGUUUCGUUUUCUGAAAAGAUUGCUCCUUGUACAUGGUCACUGGAAUUAUCAGCGAAUUGGCUAUUUAGUUCUUUACAACUUCUAUCGCAAUGCUGUAUUUGUCUUAAUGCUGUUUUGGUAUGUCUUAUGUGCUGCAUUUUCAAGUAUAUCUGCUGUGACUGAUUGGAGUAGUGUAUUUUAUUCUGUCAUCUAUACAUCUGUCCCUACAGUUGUGGUUGGUAUUAUGGACAAAGACUUGAGCCACAAAACUAUCCUUCAUUAUCCAAAACUUUAUGGAGCAGGAUAUAGACAAGAGAGCUAUAACCUACACCUAUUCUGGAUCACAAUGUUUGAUACGUUAUGGCAAAGUCUUGUUCUUUUUUAUGUACCACUCUUCACAUACCGAAACAGUUCAAUUGACAUAUGGAGUAUGGGCAGUUUGUGGACUAUCUCUGUUGUUAUCCUUGUGAAUGUUCACCUGGCUAUGGACAUUAGACGAUGGGUGUUGAUUACUCAUCUUGCUACAUGGGGUUCUAUAGUGAUUACCUAUAUGUGCAUGCUGAUAAUAGAUUCCAUUCCAAUUUUCCCAAAUUAUUGGACAAUAUAUCGCUUAGCAAGUUCAAGAACUUACUGGCUCACUAUUCUCCUUACAAUGAUUUUGGCAUUGCUUCCUCGCUUUCUCUGCAUUGUGAUCCAUCAGAUUUUUUGGCCUUCUGACAUUCAAAUAGCCAGGGAAGCUGAGAUUUUAAGAAAGACAUAUGACCAAGCACGUUUUAAAAGUACAAGGUUUUAGUAUGAUUGGAAGAGUAGCUAAGGCAACAUGAUCUCAAGCCUACGACUUGAUUUCCAUACUUGGGUGGCUACUGAAGAAAUGACACAUGUGGCACAUGUACAUAAUGUAUUUGAUUAUGGCUAAUAUCAUUUGGCCUCAAAAGAAACUAGGUGAUAAAUAGUACAUAGCUGUGAGAGUAUUACAUAUUUUCUAACCCCCUUUCUUUGUCUUUUCUUUCUUUUUUGUUUUCAUUUUCAGGAAAUGUAUUUAAUUUUAACACAAACAUAACUCUAGCUCUCGAGUUCUCUUU